AGAAGAAGAAUCCGUGUGAUGGUGUGGGGAAGAUGGUGUUGUUCAAAUCCAAGAUAAAAUGGGUGGCUCUCUUCGUCCUCCUUUUAUCUUUCGCUUCUCUCCUCCGUCACCUCUCCAUCGCCAAGUACUCGUCUCUCGAUUUAGUCCACUACAGCGCCCUCACCGCCUUCCACAACGACUUCGAUUCCGCCUUGGGCACUCUGAGAACUCCCAGCAGGAAGCUCUGGGCCGCUGUCAAGCCCUUACAGUCUCUGCAGCCCUAUGCCAAUCCUCGAACCAACUAUCCAGCUCCUAAUCAACACAGCACUCGCUUCAUUUACGCUAAGAUUUUCGGUGAUUUCGCAAGGAUAAGAUCUUCGAUCUGUGAUCUGGUCAUCGUAUCCAGGCUUCUAAAUGCUACUCUUGUCGUCCCAGAGAUUCAACAAACCAUUCGCUCCAAAGGCAUCAGCAAUCGUUUCAAGAGUUUCUCGUAUCUCUAUGACGAGGAGCAAUUUAUCGCGUCUCUCAAGAAUGACAUCAUUGUUGUCAAGAGCCUGCCGGAUAGUCUCAAGGCUGCCAGGAAAAGGAAUGAAUUCAAAACUUUUAAACCCAAGAAUUCAGCUUCUCCUGAGUAUUAUAUCAAAGAAGUCCUACCAAUGCUGAAGAAAGCCAAGGUUGUCGGCCUCAUUCUUGCUGAUGGCGGAUGUCUGCAGUCAAUACUUCCGCCAAGCAUGGUCGAGCUUCAAAGGCUUAGAUGCAGGGUUGCAUUCCACUCACUUCAAUUUAGGCAAGAAAUUCAAAUUCUUGGACGACGGAUGGUGGAGAGAUUACGUGCAUGGGGCCAACCUUUCCUAGCAUAUAAUCCUGGUUUAUUGAGAGAAACAUUGGCAUAUCAUGGUUGUGGUGAACUUUUUCAGGAUGUUCACACUGAACUAAUACAAUAUCGAAGGGCUCAAAUGAUUAAGCGGGGAAUUAUUAAGGAAGAAUUGAGUGUAAAUUCACACCUUCGCAGAUUAAAUGGUUCUUGCCCGCUUAUGCCUGAAGAGGUUGGUAUUCUACUUCGUGCUAUGGGAUAUCCUCCUAAGACAAUAAUAUAUUUGACUGGUUCUGAAACAUUUGGUGGUCAACGUGUACUAGUUCCUCUGCGUGCUAUGUUUGCCAACCUAGUAGAUCGCACUUCUUUGUGCACGAAUAAAGAACUCUCUGAUUUACUGGGGCCCGAAACACCUCUUCCUCUCAAUCCUUUUCAACCACCUCCAGCAAAAAGUGAGGAGCAGCUGAAAGAAGAAUGGAAGAGAGCUGGUCCUAGGCCUCGGCCUCUUCCUCCACCUCCAAGUAGACCUAUCUAUCAGCAUGAAAAAGAAGGUUGGUAUGGUUGGAUCACUGAGAGAGACACUGAACCAGAACCUUCAAUGUUGUACCUAAGGAUGCAAGCUCAUAGACUACUUUGGGAUGCUCUUGAUUAUAUUGUUUCAGUGGAGUCAAACGCAUUCUUUCCUGGUUUUCACAAUGAUGGCAGUGGAUGGCCUGACUUUUCAAGCUUGGUAAUGGGACACCGUUUAUAUGAAAUGGCUUCCUCGAGGACGUACCGACCAGACAGGAAAGUUGUAGCCGAACUUUUCAACAUGACCAGGGACAAUAUUUACCACCACAAGCAUAAUUGGAUACUGUCGGUACAGGAACAUCUUAACAAAAGCUUGGGUGAGGAGGGCUUAAUUAGGCAAUCGGUGUUCUCAAAACCAGCAUCAUUUAUUUCACACCCACUCCCAGAAUGCACUUGUAGAAUAUCUUCUGCCGAUUCUCCUGGUCAUGUAAAAGGGAAUGAUGGCCGAAUUGUAUAUGGAGGUGAAGAAGAGUGUCCCAAAUGGAUGCAGCAUGGUCAAGAUGUUCAAGCACAGUCAACUGGGGAAGAGGUUGGUAACUCUGAUGACAAUGAAUCAUCAGACUAUGGAAAUACUGUGGUUGAAGUGCCAGAAUCAAAUGACAGUGACAGAAAAGAUGUGAAUUUAGUUUUCAAUCAGGAUGAAGAAAUGGAUCCAAAUGACUAAAUUUGUAGUUACAGAUGAUAUAGCUUCGAUCAUAAGACUACAUAGCAGCGCACAGAAUUUUCUAAAAUGGGGAGUUUUGGAGAUAGAGAAUAGCAUCCUGGUUCCUUUGUUUUUUUUUUUUUUUCGUUUAUGUGACACUGGUAUUCAUAUAUAUUCUUUGGGUCAAUUCUUGGGUUUUCUAUAGCAACAGCAGAAAGGAGUUACUUCAUACAAACGAGGAGUGGGACUAGAUCAAUGCACUGUGGUUAGCAUAUCAGAGUAUGUACACCUUGCUCUUUACCUUUUUUUUUGUUUAUUUAGUCAUAGGAAAAGUCCUACGUGCUAGAUCAGCCACCUCUGUAAUUUUUCUAUACAGAACAAGAGAGAGACUACAUUGAAACAGCCAUUGCAAAUUUUUGUUCAUUACUUUGUUCAGCUUUCAUUCUUUACUAAUAAAACCAUCUGUUGAUAUUGAUUUUCA